AGGCUAUUCUGCCAACUUAAAAUGAAAAAAACAGAGAAACACUUCUCCUUCUCCGAAUCUUCAAUACCAAGAAAUCUCCAUUAAACCCAUACACCUCACUCACUUCUCCACUCUCAAUCUCGCACCUACACACUGUGACACCAAAAUUCCAACAAAAAAUGGGCAAGAAAUCAAACUCAAACGGCGACGUUGUACAAUCUAAAAAUUCCACAUGUUUCAUCGGCUCAUCGGUGGUUCCAUUAAUCAACAAGCUUCAGGAUAUUUUCGCACCGCUCGGCGACAUCGACGAUCGUCUCACCGGUCUCCGGCUGCCUCAAGUGGCGGUGAUUGGGAGUCAGAGUAGCGGCAAGUCCAGUGUACUUGAGGCCUUAGUUGGCCGUGACUUCCUUCCACGUGGCACUGAUAUUUGUACACGUAGACCGUUACUUCUUCAGCUUGAAAAACGCACUAUAGGAGUUGGUGAUAAUGAUUCUCGUGAAUAUGGCGAGUUUGGUCACCUCCCUGAUAAACGAUUCUACGAUUUCUCCGCUAUUCGCUGUGAAAUUCUGGGUGAAACAGCAAAAGAAGUGGGAGUUAACAAGGGGGUUUCGGAUAAGCAAAUUCGGUUAAAAAUCUGCUCUCCCAAUGUUCUCAAUAUUACUCUUGUUGAUCUACCUGGAAUCACUAAAGUUCCUGUCGGUGACCAACCCAGUGAUAUUGAAGCAAGGAUCAGAAAUAUGAUAAUGUCCUAUAUAAAACAAGAAACUUCAAUCAUAUUGGCUGUUUCUCCUGCAAAUGCUGAUUUGGCUAAUUCUGAUGCACUACAAAUGGCUAAAGAGGUGGAUCCAACUGGUACCCGUACAAUUGGUGUAAUAACUAAGCUAGAUAUAAUGGAUAAGGGUACCGACGCGAGAAACUUUCUGCUGGGAAAAGUUAUUCCACUUCGUUUAGGUUAUGUCGGUGUUGUCAACCGUAGUCAACAGGAUAUUAACAAUAAGCGUUCUAUUGAAGAAGCACUUGCUUAUGAGGAGCAAUUCUUCCGUGAUUAUCAUGUGUACCAUGGUUUAUCUGAUCGUUGCGGAAUCCCCCAGUUGGCGAAGAAGCUAAAUCAGAUUCUGGAGCAGCACAUUCGAAAUGUUCUCCCCACUUUGAAGACUGAUUUAAAUUCUCAUCUUGUAGCUGUUGAAAAGGAGUUACGUACUUACGGGGAGGCUUUGGAAUCAAAUGCAGAAAGAGGGGUCAUGCUGUUAAAUGUUCUGACAAAAUACUCUGAAGCAUUUUCUGCAGUGGUGGAUGGAAAAAGUGAAGCAAUGACAACCAAAGAAUUGUCAGGGGGAGCACGGAUUCAUCACAUAUUCCAGUCAAUUUUUGUAAAGAGCCUGGAGGAAGUGGAUCCUUGUGAAGAUCUAAGUAACGAGGAUAUAAGAAUAGCUAUCCACAAUGCAACUGGUCCGAGAAAUGCGCUAUUUGUGCCAGAGGUCCCGUUUGAAGUUUUGGUUAGAAGACAAAUAGCCAGGCUGCUAGAUCCCAGCCUCCAGUGCUUGCGGUUCGUCUAUGAUGAGCUUAUCAAGAUUAGUCGUGCUUGUGAAACAUUUGAAAUGCGCCGCUUCCUAGAGUUAAGAAGGCGACUAGAGGAUGUCACUGCAAGGUUUCUACGAGAUGGUGUAAAACCCGCUGAAAGAAUGAUAACAAAUCUUAUUGAGAUGGAGAAGGAUUAUAUAAAUUCCUCGCACCCCAAUUUUAUUGGUGGGACAAAAGCGGUUGAUAUGGCUCAAAUGGAACUGAGGGCUAUGCAGGAGGGAGAUGAUGCUGAUAAGGAUCCAGCAGUAAACAAGGGCCACAAAUUAGCAACUGUAGCCAAAUUUCUGAAUGGUGCUUUGCCUAGCCAGGUGGGUCGAACUCAAUCUGACAAUGAUAGAGUGGCAUCAGUAGGUACCUCAACCACAAGGACGUGGGGGGUUUCCUCCCUAUUUGGAAGCCGAGGAUCAUCAGUAGGGAAUUCAUCUAAGAGACAUGCUGCUGAAGUGGUGCAUGAUAUUGACCAGGCACCCCCUGUUAUACAAUUGAAAAAUCCGCCAUCAAUGUUGAGGCCUGGAGAAUCUGAAACAGAGUACCAAGUGGAGAUUGUAGUGACGAAAAUACUCAUAACAUCAUACUAUGAUAUUGUGAGGAGGAAUAUACAGGAUUUGGUUCCAAAAGCUAUUAUGCAUUAUCUGGUCAAUCAUGCUAAGAGGCAUCUUCUUGGCACGUUCAUAGAGAAAUUGUACCGAGAGAACCUUUUUGAAGAUUUGCUGCAAGAGCAGGACGAAGUUGUCACUAAGAGGAGGAGGACUUUAGAGAUGUGUCAUGCUCUGCAACAAGCUGUCGAGACACUCGAUGAGUUUGUAGCUGAUAUUUCUACACAAAGGUCAAGUGAUAGUAUGGAUGCAUCGCCAAAAUCUUCUUACCUUUCGUCAGACUUUUACUCGAAUUCAAGAUCUUAACAUCUAGGUAAUCUGAAUCUUGUAUAAUACUCCAAGAGUUAAUGUGUCAUUGCCUCCAUCUGUAGCCACUGCUUGUUCAUUCGAGGACUUCAGUACCAAGCGAGAGUCCACAUUUUUGCUGACAUGUCACCUAAUGGAACUAUUGAAGCAUCUAUUGGAUAGAUAAACUUGUAAAGCAGUAUGUGUGUGAGUUACUUGUAUAGUAGUAUCUGUUUUGGAGAUACUGUCCAGUUAUACGUAUAUAUGUAGCUUCCAAAGUUUACUGUUUCUUCCCUUGAGGUUAUGCUUACUGGUCCACUGUUUACUGUUUCUUCCCUCU